AUGCCCGAUCAUCUUAAUCACAAUGUGCAUUAUUCGGGUUCAGCUGAUGUCGCUCAAAACUUGGAAUUAUUAAAAGAGAACAAUGUAACGCAUAUUAUUAAUCUAGUUUCUAAUGUUGUGCCAAAUCACUUUCCUAAAUCAUUUGAAUAUCUUGCUCUAGUAGCAUAUGAUACUUAUACAUUUGAUUUACACGAUACUCUUAAUCAGUGUUGUGACUUUCUAAACAGUUUCAAAGAGAAAGGCGGCUGUUGUUAUAUACAUUGCCAAGCUGGUCUUUCACGUGCACCAUCUAUUGUCAUUGGUUAUUUAAUUCAAGUGUGUAAUUAUUCUUAUAAAGAUGCCUAUAAUAUGGUGAACAAUACUAGAAAUGUUUGUAUCAAUAUGAAUUUUAAAUCACAAUUAGAGCGGUUGAAGGAUAAUUAA